AUGAAACUGAAAACAUUUGUUUCAUUCCUUCUCUUGUUUGGCGCCUUCAGCGGGACUUUUCUUUGUGUUACAACUCAACAGGAAGACUAUAAUGAUGUUGCGGAUAAUAUUUGGGAUCCUCAAAUUGAGCAAAAUCAAGACGAUUCAAAUAAUGAGAACGAUAACAAUAAGGAGACAGAAACAUCAUCUUCUGUUGCUGCCAAUUCUGAUUCAACAGCAAUUACCACAACAACGUCCACGGGGAAUUCAACAACACAGGAAAUGACAAACACUACAAAGAAUGUCUCAGAGACUACAACUACAACAAAGACGACCACAAUGACAAAGAAUGAAACUUCAACAACUUCGGCCGCAAUUAAUGAAACGGGCACCACGGUAAAGCAGUUUAAUUUGGUUUUUGACAAAAUAUUAAAAAUAGUUUUGGUCCUUUCCUCCAUUUAG